AAGCAUUUAAACAAUUAUUUUUAAGUUUUAACUUCCAAGAGCUUGAUAAAUAGCUUGAACUGUAUUAUCCAUUUAUCAAUUAGUAGUAGGUGUAAAAAUAUAUUUAAGUACUAUAAGAAGGGUAGAAGUUUAGUACCAAAUGCUGCACACAUUGGUCUAUCAUAGAAUUUUUGGAUCACAAUAGCAAUUUCUUGCUGUGCCCAUAAAUAGUUAUUAUAUAACACUUUAGUUUAUAGGAAAGAUAGGAUGAGAUAGUCAUUGUGACACUUUGGCAAUCUCUAUUCUUGUUGUUUUGGACUGUUUCUAAGGCCUGCAAAUUGUUUGGUGGAGUUUCAACUUUAGAUGCUUAAGUCAUCUCAUUCCUUGUAGAUGUUGACUUGACUUUUCCAAUACACGUUCUUUUCAUAAGAUCACCUUAACUAUAUAUAAAUAAAGCAAUGAAGUAGUGUGUAUCUGGGUAGAAAAGGGUCAUAUUUAUACUGUUAAUUUUCCAACUCACAAAAACCUUUUUGGUAGUUAGUUAAUAGUUAGUAAGAAACCUUAAAAGUCUGUAAUUAAAUCUAUAUAAAGAAACAAAAAGGAAACCUUAAAUGUUCUUUUUUAUUAUUAUUAUUAUUAUUACUUUAGUUUAGAUUUUUGUUAAAGGUCUAAAAUGGACGAAGGACAUGGUACAUACAUGUCUUACAAACAUUGACAGUGCCCUGACCCUUGAAAGACCAAGCCAUUUCUAUCUUGAAAUGAAAAAUAAGGCAAAAAUGAAUGAAAUGAUUAGUCCCACUAAAACUCUCAACUAAAUUUCCCAACAAACCCGACUAGCCAACAAUACUAGAUUUUUUCUUAUUUAAUUCCACAGUAUCUGCCCAUAGUAAUAAUCUUUAAAAUGUAGUCAUAGAUUUUGACAAACAGAGUUCUUCAAAUAUCACAACCAAUUAAAAUUCCAUGUUCAGUGAACUAUUUUAGUCUGUUAUGGACUAAAGUUCUAGAUAUAUAUAUCAGGAUUAUUAAACUUCAUUUUUGUCCUUACUAUUUGUUCUAUCUAAGAGGACAAGUAAAUGCUUCUAAAGGAUUUAUAUAUUCUCUUAAAUAGCUUGGACUGACUAGAUUAAUGUUUAUGGAAAUAGCUCACACAACAGAAACAUUUGACUAUUCUAUAAUGCUCUUUGUUGUUUCUUGGUGGGAAUUAACAAUUAGUAUAUAUUUGAAUGGUUCAAGAAAACAAAGCUACUACCCUUUAGUUAUUAUUUAAUGACCAUUGAGCUAUAUAUUUAGAGUUUUAGUACUGUCUUCCUUUCAUGAAACAUCAACCAAAUGAGGCUGCAGAAGUUGAUUAUUCAUGAGUUACUCUUCCCUGUUUGGAUCAGUAUCCUCUUCAACAGCUUAGUAGUAAUAAACUCAGCUAUAUCAGCAAACCCGAGUUUCGAAUCAUGUAAGCCUAGAAACUGUGGAGAUGGUCCCAACAUAAGCUACCCUUUUUAUGUUGAAGGUGCCGGAGCAGACUUUUGUGGUCUCCAAGGCUUUAGAAUUACUUGUCAAGAAAAUAAAACAAUCUUUAUGACCUCUAGAGGCCCUUACCUCGUUAAGAGUAUUUCAUAUGAAAACCAAUCAGUUCAGUUGGUUGAUUUGGAUGUUGUCAAUGCAAGUUGUGUUGUUCCUAAACACUACUUCAGUUUUGACAAUGAUUCUCCAUUCGAUUUCAGCUCAAGCCAUGCCAAUCUUCACUUCUUCUAUAGGUGUACCAAAUCAUUUUCUCCUCCUUUUGAAACAACCUCGGUUCCUUGUGCUUCCAAUUCUUCUCAUCACUCAUUUGUUGCUUUAUUCCAAGACAACAACUUCGAAAGAAAUCGUGUGACUUCAAACUCGGAUCGGUCUUGUAAGUCUGAAGUUGCUGUCCCGGUUGAUUUGGAGGGAAAUUGGCCAUUCAAUCAAACCAUACAGACUGUAAACUACACUGAGUUAUUGAUGGGUGGAUUUAGUCUUGUGUGGCAUGGUUCUUAUGGUGAUACUUGUGUUAAUUGCAAAACAAUAGGCGGUCGAUGUGGAUUUCAAAAUAAUCAAAGUCUGUGCUUUUGUGCUCCUGAUGGACCUCAACACUCAUAUUGCAGUGUUGGUGUUAUUGUUGAUAAGUCAUAUUAUAAAUCAUUAAUUACCCUUCUUUAUCUUCUCACCUUUUUUUUGUAAUGAAAAAUUCAUCUUUAACAACCAUUAAUUUCCGUUACCAAACAUGGUAACAACUCAAUUAGAAAGAAACCCUAAACUGAAACGACGAUCAGAAUACAAAAUAGUAAUUCGAGCAAAAUUGUGAGCUCGUACAUUAGCUGACCGAUUAACAAAAAGUAAUAAAACAUUGCACAAUUCAGCAAGCAAUUUUUUACAAUCUUGAACGACGUAACCAAACAAGGAUAUCAUAUUAUUUGAACCCUGUAAAGCUUGCACAACACAAAAACAAGGUUACUUGAUUAUGUUACUUGAUUAUGUUGUCGCCUUAUUUAGACUAUGUUUGGUAGGAAGGUGAUAAAAUAGGAAGGAAUGAGAUAUGUAUUAGUAAGGAGAGGAAAGGGAAUUUGUUUUUCGUUUGUUAUGAAAGGAAAGAGAGAAGAUUUGAAAACCAAAGUCUUCUGUUUGCUUGACAGGAGGGAGUAGUUGAAAGAAGGGAAGGGAUUUUCAACACUUAUUGACUAUAAUCACCUUUCUUCCACCUGUCUCUCCUACCAAACACACUAAUUAAGUUCUAGUUUCAUCUGUUUAAUCUCCAAUGUAGUAAACAGAGGAAAUCAUGAACCUAACAAACCAUAGAGCAUUAAGAUAAAAUUGAAACUUUUUUUAUUCGAACAUAGGACUGUUGAGAACAAGUGUAGUAAUAUUAGAUUAUGCCUACAAUAAAUUUGAAACUCUUAAGUGAUGUUAUUAGUAAAACCCCAUCUCCAAAAACUAUUUCAUUUUGUUUUUCAUUGGAAAAACGCCACCACCAACUUUCUCUUUCCAUACUAGGAAUUUUUUGUUUAUUAAUAAUACAUAAUUUGACUACAAUCCAUAGAAGAUUACUUGAAAAAUAAUAGAUUUUGUUGAAUUGGAAACAAUCCUUGACUUAUUGGAGAGCAUUUAUAUAAACUUAGCUUGACAUAAUUGCCAUUAGCCAAUCCUCUUAGUUUUUGUUUAACCCGUCUCCUACUCCUACAAGAAAUAUCACCAGAAAAAGAAAAGCUUAUCUUGAUUAUUCAUAAUAUCAGACCAUUUCUAGUUGAUGAAAAAUCUUUGUUUGUUCUAAUAUGACCCACAAGCCUCAUUUCAUGUUUACAAGUCAUAAUGCUUUCUUUCUCUUUCUUUUUCUCAUGCAACGUUUUCCAUUCAUUAUUCUCAAUUUCACAACCAAAGAUCAAAUCAAUCCAAUUCAACAACAAAAAAACUCCAUUCAAAUUCAUGUGGGGGCCAUUUAAUGUCAUUUUCUAAGUCUGUAGAAAACCGCGUUAUCAUCAUACAGCCAGAUUUUUUUUUUUGCUGCUGUACAUCUGUUUACUCA